AUGCGCUCCAGGCUCCCACGGACCGCCUGCCUAUUGCGACUCAUUGCACUCUGCAUCCUUCUCUCGCACACUGCAGCUUAUUUUGGGCUGACAGGUCGGGAACCCUUGGUGUUCUUACCAGGUCCAUUUUCCAAUGAAGCUCCUACAGGGAAGGCCCAUCUGAAGCAGUGCGAGCAGAUGACUCUGACCAGGCGGCAGAAGAGACUAUGUCGCAGGGAACCUGGUCUGGCCGAGACGCUGCGUGAAUCGGUGCGCCUCAGUCUGCUGGAGUGUCGAUAUCAGUUCAGGAAUGAGCGCUGGAACUGCAGUCUGGAUGGCCGCGGAAGCCUCCUGAAAAGAGCAUUCAAGGAGACCGCCUUCCUACUGGCAGUGUCCUCUGCGGCAUUGACUCAUGCCCUCGCCAAAGCAUGCAGCUCAGGUCGAAUGGAGAGAUGCACAUGUGACGAUUCCCCUGGCAUCCAGCAUCGAGAAGCGUGGCAAUGGGGGGUCUGUGGCGACAACCUGAAAUAUAGCACCAAGUUCCUGAAGAAGUUUCUCGGCCAAAAGAGGGUCAGCAAGGACCUGAGGGCUCAAGUCGACACCCACAACAUCAACGUUGGAAUUCGGGCAGUGAAGAGUGGUCUGAAAACAACCUGCAAGUGCCACGGUGUCUCCGGUUCUUGUGCCGUACGGACUUGCUGGAAACAGCUGUCUCCAUUCCAUGACACCGGGCGGCUGCUUAAGUUCCGGUAUGACACCGCAGUGCGAGUGCUGAGUGUCACAAACACAGCCACCGGAGAGACAGAGCUGGCUGGACCCCGUCGUCAUGGCCAGAGCCUUCGUACUACUGACCUGGUCUACCUGGAGGACUCCCCCAGCUUCUGCAGGCCCUCCCGAUACUCUCCGGGUACAGGCGGCCGCUCAUGUGCCAAAGACACCAGCUGUCAAAGUCUGUGCUGCGGGCGUGGUUACAACACAGCCAUGCGCCUCACCAGCCUGUCCUGCCACUGCCAGGUACGCUGGUGUUGCCACGUGGAGUGUCAGACGUGUGUCAGAGAAGAGGAGGUGUACACCUGCAAAAACGCAUAA